CAAACCGCUCGGUCAACAUCCGGCCGCUCCACCGAGAGGCUCCGUCUGUCCAACUAUCAGAAUCCGAUUUAGCAAGUUAUUUAAAUGCCUCUUUGAGCUGAAGUUCUUUUCUCUUUUUUCUUUUCUUGCUGAGUCAUUUGCUCCCAUGCCUCCGGAGCUCAGCCCCUAGCCUCCUUCCCUCCUCCCCCCUCAGUCAGCUGGCUUAGGAAACGAGGCGCGGCGGCAGCAGCAGCUGUGGCUGCCGUCUUCACACCGAGUCCAGAGACCAGGCGGCAGCUCUUCUACCGACAAGCUAAUAGCUCCCGACAGGAAUUUAUCAGUAAAGUUGUUAGGCAAGGAAGCGGGGAGGGUGUGUGUGUGGAGCUGAUGUCAUUAGCAGGGGUGUGUGAGUGCAUCAGCAGCCAUGUCACAUGCUGCUCGGUGGGUCAGUGAUGCGGACGGAGAUGCAUGGCAGUUGCACCGGGAACAGAGGCAGCAGAGUCGGAGCUCGCCGCGGUGGGCAGCAGGAGGAGGAUGCUCUUCCCCAACUGCGGCGGCGUUGGCGGCAUCGUGCCCGGCUCCCAGGAGAUACCGUCAUCCAGGGGCCCGGCGGGCGUCGCAGACCUGGGCCUCGGCCUCCAGUCCCUCCGGCUGUCGGGCUGGGACCGGCCCUGGAGCAGCCAGGACACGGACCCUCACAGCUCGCCCUCGCAGGUCCACACCAGCUCGCCGUCCAUGCUGGGCAUCCUGAACAGCCCCUUCAGCAGCAUCCUGGGGAAGCCCCCCGGCUACCUGCCCCCCGAGUCCCUGAGCAUGACGGCCGACUUCCUGGAGAAGUUCCCCAGCAUGGCGCGCAUGGCGAGCCGCCUGGACUCCAGCUCCUUCCUGGACUCUCGCUCCAGCAGCCCGGAGGACUCUGAGACCAGCGGCUUCAGCUCGGGGUCCGACCACCUCUGUGACAUGCUGUCGACUCUGCGUAUCUCCCCCCCGCUGCCGUACCUGGCCUCCAGCAUGCAGAAGGACCUGCUCCGCCUGGGCUCCCGUCUGGACCCUCAGGACUCCAGCUCCUCCAUGACUCCGCCCUCCAGCGCCAGCCCCACCUCCAGCGUGUCCCGCCGCUGGCGCAGCGCCUCCCCGUGGCCCGGCUCGGAGAUGCUCGACCAAUCGGACGACACGUUCAGCAUCGAGCGGGAGGCUCGCCUGCACCGGCAGGCUGCAGCUGUGAACGAGGCCACGUUCACCUGGAGCGGUCAGCUGCCUCCCCGGAACAACAAGGACCCGCUGUACUCCUGCAAGGUGUUCCUCGGGGGCGUUCCCUGGGACAUCACGGAAGCCGGUCUCAUCAACACCUUCAGCGGCUACGGCCCUCUGACGGUGGAGUGGCCCGGUAAGGAUGGGAAGCACCCCCGCUGCCCUCCCAAAGGUAAUGUGGCCAAAGGCUACGUCUACCUGGUGUUCGAGAACGAGAAGUCGGUGCGAGCGCUGCUCCACGCCUGCUCUCAGGACCCGUUCCACCCUGAAGACAACCGGGAGUACUACUUCAAGAUGUCCAGCCGCCGCAUGCGCUGCAAGGACGUGCAGGUGAUCCCCUGGGUGAUCUCCGACAGUAACUACGUGCGCUGCCCGGCUCAGCGUCUGGACCCCAGCAAGACGGUGUUCGUGGGCGCGCUGCACGGCAUGCUGAACGCCGAGGCGCUCGCCAGCAUCAUGAACGACCUGUUCGGGGGCGUCAUGUACGCCGGCAUCGACACGGACAAGCACAAGUACCCCAUCGGCUCUGGACGCGUCACGUUUAACAACCAGCGCAGUUACCUGAAGGCCGUGUGCGCCGCGUUCGUGGAGAUCAAAACCCCCAAGUUUACAAAGAAGGUCCAGAUCGACCCGUACCUGGAGGACUCCAUGUGUCAAGUCUGCCUCCGUCAGCCCGGACCGUUCUUCUGCAGAGACCAGGCCUGCUUCAAGUACUACUGCCGCUCCUGCUGGCACUGGCAGCACUCCAUGGACAUCCUGAGCAACCACCGGCCGCUCAUGCGCAACCAGAAGAACCGCGACUCCAGCUAGAGCGGCGCCCCGAGGAGCGCUCUGCCGGGCCGGAGAGAAGACGAGUCGGGCGCUGCGAGGUCGCCGCCGCCGCCACGGAGGGAGCACGUGUGCCAGAUGUCCCUCGGCACGGGGGCCACCGCGGCACUGCACCGGGUGGUGGGGGGGAUGAUAUCACUAGAGAGAAAUGUUCACUUUUUUGCACUUGCUACAUUUUUGCUGUUCAGUGGCUCUGCACAGUGAGCUUGUUGGAGGAGGGGGGGGGGCGAGGUGCCCUUCACACUUAUGCAUUUUUUUUUUUUUCAGAAGGAAAGAUGGCGUCCGCCGACGGUUAAAGAAGUGGAUGAAAAUUACUUAUUCUUUUUUUUUUUUUUUUUUUUUUUUUGCAUAGUGGAGAGCAAUCAUACAAGUCUCAUUGCCAUUCGUUGGCAAAUGCCAAACAGUGCCUUUAAACUUUUAUUUCCCCCCCCUGUUAGCGCUCACCCCCCCACCCCCACUUGGCGUCUAGUUUUUUUUUUUUUUUUUUUUUUUUUUUUUGUCCUUUGCGAGCCAACUGGCGUUUCUUACUUUUUUGGGAGCUGACGUCGAGCUUCAUUUAAACCAAACCAGUCGCAUUUCAGACAUUUUUACGCAGUUUUUUACUAAUUUGUACACAAACGGUUUUAAGUCAUGUCAUGAACAUUUUGAACAGAAUUCUACCCGGCGGCUGUUUUUUGGGGGUAAAAUAAACUCACCCCCUUUUAUAUUUUGGUCAUUUAUCAUCUGUAGCUUUAUAUUUUUUUUUCUCUUUUUAAUUUGCCCUCCCAAAAUUUCAACUGUAUGGGCAACACCACACGGUGGAACUUUAACUUGCUUGGUUGGUCCAGUUCUAUAAAAUGUAAUGCGACAGUGGUACCGCCGGGCUGCCGUCACCGUGGAGACAGAGAUGAGCAUCUGAUUGUAACGGGUUGUUGUUGUAGGUUUAUUGCACUUUUUAAUUUGCACGUGUGGAGAGGUGGCAGUGGUUUUUAAUCACCUUUGUGCAUCAGCAGGGGGCGGAGCCUAAAGUUAAGACCAGCUGCUUGUUCCCUGUUGACUGUAAGAACUUGUAAGACAUGAUAAAUGUAAUCUAUCCAGAGCUUGAGUAGACCCCCCCCCCCCUAAAGUAAACUACCCCACGCUUUCUUAUCCCAUUUUGCCUUCCAGUUGGACAUUAAUGCAUAACAAUAAUAUUAAUAAGCUGUGUGCCAAAGACCCAGAGUCUUUUCUUUAUUGGUUUCGUCGUGCUGAGCUUGUUGUCUCUUUUCGGCCCGGCUGCUUUUUAGAGUUUUGAAGUCUACCUCAUUGUGGUCUGCCAAGUUUGCUGCUACUUACAGUUGUGGAGUUUGUUCAGAUUGGGCACAAUAAAGGUGUUGAAGCAUUA